AUGGCAGCGCCGUCCAGGACCACAUGCGGGCUCAUGGAGCGCUCCGUCCGGGAGCGGGUCCCGCCGCUGCUCACCGACCUCUACCAGUUUACCAUGGCGUACGCGUACUGGCGGGCCGGCCGGCACCAGGAGCCCGCCGUGUUCGAGCUCUUCUUCAGGGACAACCCUUUCGGCGGCGGCUUCUCUCUUUUCGCAGGUCUGCACGACUGUCUGCUGUUCCUGCGCAGCUUUCGCUUCUCCGACGAAGAUGUAGAGUUCCUGCGUUCAGUCCUGCCUCCGGCCACCGACCCAGCCUUCUUCCAGUUCCUCCGAGACCUUGACUGUUCUGGUGUAACGCUCCGCUCCGUCCCAGAGGGCACCGUGGUGUUUGCCAGGGUGCCUCUGAUGGAGGUGGCAGGUCCACUGGCUGUGGUUCAGCUUCUCGAGACCAGUUUACUGUGUCUUGUCAACUACGCCAGUCUGGUGUGCAGCAACGCUGCCCGUUUCCGCCUGGCAGCCGGCCCCAGGAGGAAGCUACUGGAGAUGGGCCUCAGGAGGGCUCAGGGACCAGAUGGAGGACUCACCGCCUCACGAUACACACACAUUGGAGGGUUUGAUCUCACCAGUAAUGUUCAGGCUGGUUUUCUGUUCGGGAUCCCUGUCGCAGGAACCAUGGCACACUCAUACGUCACUUCCUUUACCUCCCUGGAGGAGGUGUGGCCACAAACCCUUGUGGCAGUGAACGGGGAUCCCGAGCCAGUCGAUGUGAUUUCUCUAACAAAAGGCUGGCUGAGUCGCGUGUGUGAGCUGCUGGGAGCAGAGCCUGGGAAGAUCCGUGAGGGCGAGUUGGCUGCUUUUUUGUCUUAUGCCAUCGCCUACCCUCAGAACUUCCUCCCUGUGAUUGACAGCUACAGUGUUGGCUGUAGCGGCCUGUUGAACUUCUGCGCUGUGGCUUUAGCACUGUGUGAACUCGGCCACAGACCUGUAGGAGUUCGUCUGGACAGUGGGGACCUUUGCAGGCAGUCUGUUGAUGUCCGUCGUGUUUUCAGACUCUGCAGUGAGCAUUUCUCCAUUCCUGCUUUUGAUUCUCUGAUCAUCGUUGGGACCAACAACAUCUCAGAGCAAAGCAUGGCUGAGCUCAACAAGAAGGAGAAUGAGAUCAAUGUGGUUGGUGUUGGAACACAUCUAGUCACAUGCACAAAACAACCCUCACUGGGCUGUGUGUAUAAGCUGGUGGAGGUGAGAGGAAGGCCCAGGAUGAAGAUCAGUGAGGAUCCAGAGAAAAGCACUGUUCCUGGGAGAAAAGCUGUCUACCGGCUAAUGGACGCCGACGACCAUCCUUUUUUGGACCUGCUGUGUCUGGCAGUGGAGACUCCUCCAGAGGCAGGACUCCCGCUGAGCUGCUACCCUCUGGGGUGUGAUAACUCCGCUGUCUCCAUCACUCCAGCUCAAGUCACCUGUCUGCGUCAGGAAGUGUUCACGAAAGGACAGGUCACGCAGCCUCUGUGCAGUGCUGCAGAAACUAGAGCAAAGGUCCAGAGCUCCCUCCAAGCUCUGCACCCUCGACACAAGAGGCUGCAGGAGCCAGACUCUUACACAGUGGCACUGUCAGAGAAACUCCACAACUUGGUCACAGAGCUCCAAAGAGGCAGCAGCAACGACAGCAACUUUCUGUUAGCCAACUAAAGAUUAUCUUGCACAGCACUUGUUUUUUUUGUUUUGUUUUUUUGUCUUUUUAUUGACAUUGUUUUCCAAAGUGCCUCACAGUAAAAGAGUGAAUGUGUUUGUAGAGCAUGGUCCUCAUGAACCCCAACAGUGUUAAUGCCAUGCACUUCAAAUACAGGCAAUCACAGCUGUGUUGUGGCCUGUGUCUUUCAGAUCUGAUGUCUGUAAAACAGGGUUAAAAUGAGAACUACUGAAGGAGUUUGGUCUGUCGGAAAGCCCUGCAGGAACAAGUAAAUUAUAACUAAGUCGUCAUGCAGUUUUAUGUGUUUUUUACAGCUGAUAGCUAGGAGGGUUUCUCAAAAAAAAUAACUUUCAAACAGAAGAUGCACAACGGAGAUUGUACUGCUACAAAUCAAAAGAUACAAGUGCAACCCAGUUUUAUGAUGAAAUAUUUGAAUUUACAAACUGGCACUAGACAAAAUUAAUCCAAGUCUGUUAUGUUUCUUGAUUCUAAAAUAUAUUUGCAAACAGUAGUUUGAGGAGAUGCACUCAUUACCUUAUUCUUGACCUUUCAACCACACAGUGUGACCGUCUUGAGCGGAUGACCAGGGAAUGACCCACAUGAAGUUAAUGCUUAGUUAAACCCUGUGCUGAGGAGAACAGUGGGAUGUGGUUGGAAACCAGAAAAUGAGUGAUAUCUGUAAACUUUGGAGUAAAUCAGGCUUAUAUCUGUGUUUAUUUCACUUGUAUGUCAAACUCUCUAAAUGUGUAUGCGAACAUACCUCACAUAUACAUAUAUGAAAAAUGACAAGAAAUUCCAGAUUGUUCAUUUUAAAAUUGAAGUGGUCAUUUGAGAAGCUGAGGAAUUUUGACCCUGCAGUAUUUUUGUUCUCUUAUCCUUCACAUUCUUCUUUAGUGCUUUAGUUUGUGAAUAGGGAUAAUUUUCUUAACCUAAGCUACAUAAAUCAGUACUUUUUAAAUUAACAUCCAAUCACGUAACUGAAAGUAGAGGAGAUUCUGAUGAAUUUAUUGAGAACAAUAAAAUCUGCAGCCUAUUUUCGCUUCCUGCAGCUAAAGAGCCAGAUAUUUUUCUGAGGAGUUGGUGGAGAACAAAUCAGAGCUUAAAGGGCUCAAAUGCAUCAGCUGAAACCAAACCUGACUUCUAGUGAAUUAUUAUGUUGCUGUAUAGCUGCUGGAUGUGUAAAUAAGCAGUUGGUUGCUAACAAAGUAGCCAGAAUAACGCUCUGAUCAUAUGCGGUGCUGUGACUUUUACCUUGUUUUGAGUUCUGCCUCCUAGUGACCAAAAUUUUAAUUUAAUUAAUACAAACCUAAAUUUCUGUCAGUAUUCUUUAUUUUUACCUCUUUGUCCUCAUGAACUUGUAUUAAACUUGGUCAUGACUUCACAAUA